UGGUUGUCAAUAGCUUUAUGUAAAUGUACGUGUUGCACACAGACUGGGCGUGAGACCAGUGCCUGCGAAAUCCUGCAUCUCUGCAGUUGAUGUGUCGAUACACAUGCACUUCCGCCAUUUCAAGUUCAUAGACCAUCCAAGUUUGGAAAUUUAGCGGGUUUAAUCCGAUCCUGUCUGCCGGCCGCGCCGUCAGAUAAACCCGUUGCGAGUGCAGAUAGGCGGAUUUUUGUUGCGAAAGAUUUCGUGAUAUCUCUGCAGUGAUGGCUGCGAUAACUACCAUCGUCCACAUCUUGGAAGUGGCCGUGCUUUUGGUGGCAUUCGGCUGUUGCAUGACGGCAGCCAUAACCGUCGGGCUAACCUCGAACCAGCUCCAGAUGUGCAUUCUGAGCGCUUCAGUUGAAAACGUUGGGGACAUUCAUUUCACAGUGACGCCCUCUAGUGACUCACGUUGUCAAUUCUGUGUGGUGACCGAAGUAAUUGGUCUCCUGCUUGCGCUGGUGUUCAUCGUCUAUCGGAUCCAAGUCCUCUGUCGCCGAAAGUGUGAAAUCCAGGUGUUUGGGCGGUUCAUCGUCCUUAUCGUUUUUGGAUUGAUGUUAUUCUUCCUCUUCGUUGUCGCAUGCCUUGUUACUGCCGGUAUCAACACAUUUUGCGGCAACUUACUGGCUCUUGAGGGGGGCGCCUGGCCUGAAACAUGUGCUGGGUUUCAAGAGAUUACAUGGACCACGCUCGCCACAGGGACGGAAGUCAACGGAGCCCAUUUCUACGACUAUCUGAAGGCAGCUGAGGCCGCCUCUUGGAUUGCCGUGUUGCUGUGGGUGACACUGGUGGCCAUCUCGUUGGUAACCUGCUGCAUGACCAGGAGGCAACACAAACAGCAGGCUCGGGCUUCGCACACUGCAGCAGCAGCUAAACCAGUUGUUACUUAAGUUACACACUUGUAUUUCUUGAUCACCGUGCCUUGAAAGGUUGAACCUAUAAUCAUUUCGAAACCUGCCAAUGAGUUCGGGCGAUUCACAAUGCAGUGCGCCACCAGGCGUCUGCUACGGAGAUUUCAUUCUUCCCAGUGCAUUGUGGGUGACAAUUAACGUCUCAAAUAUCGGUAUGAAGGUAACAGUACAUUUGACAAAUUUGGGUCAGUUUGGGGGGAAAAUAGUUUAGAGAUAAUUAAUUAGAUAUGUCGCUAUGACGACAGCAGUGCGGCCACAAAAUAAAACAUUAUUUUGAGCAAAGCGGUCGAUAGUUAUGGCGUUUCAGCCGUCAUUGCUUAUUGUGAUAAUUAUUUAUGAUAUUCGGAGCCACAGGGAUAUUGGCUGUAAAUAGCUGAAUGACUGUUAUAGUGGCAUUCUACGGCGCUCACAAUAUAGUCACGAUAUUUUCUAUUAGAUAAAUUAUUAGUUGUGGCGUAUCAAUCACAAGUUGUUUGCUUAUGUUUACGUAUAGCUGUGUCAUUGCACAUUUUGAAUGGUCUCUUAGUUAAGUGUUGAUUAUGUUGUUACAUUUUACCGAUGGUUUAUAAUUAUGUUUUCUCUUUCUUCCAGAAAAAAAGUCUAUGUUUUUGUUUAGAACUUGUCUUGGGAGCGUGACAAAAGGGAAAAUCCCAAUCGGUGACAUCAAAAUAUGACACCUUUCCGUAACGUACUUAAAAUCAAAUAAUGCGAUCAAGAUGGGUGACACAAUGUGAAAUUCCUCAAGGGAAUUUGUAAAAAGAAGAAAGAAAAAUAAGUGGAACUCUGCAAGCCCGGAAAUGAAUUUUACCUACACUAAAAAUUUUGAAUUUCUAAAGCCAAGGCAUGAAAGAAUAUAUAACCCUUUACAAAGCUUGUUACAGUACUAUUGCUGUAAUCUUUUCUUUUAUUCAUUUUUAAGCCGAAUGAUUACAGCGGCAAUCAGUAUGACCGUAUCAAUUUGAUACUUUAAUCACGUUUUUGUUGCUCUUGAAGAUUUAUGCACGUAUAUUUGCAGUUGAAUUUUUGUAUGUAUAAUGUUUUUAUUAUGUUGCUAUUUUUACUGUUCAGAUCAGUAUCAAUUACUAUAAUCAUUUUUUGGUUGCUCUUGAAGAUUUAUGCAUGUAUAUUCGUAGUUGAAUUUGUAUGUAGAAUGUUUUUCAGCGAUUAUUUCGUAAGAUGAUAAGUUUACAAUUUGCUUUUUUGGUUCCUUUAUUUAUCUACAGUACCAGUAUAACUACUUUUGUACUAUAGGGCUAAGCCAGUGAGUUCAAGCAGGGUGUUACAAGUAAGAGUACUGAGGGGCGUGGUCAGACGGAUUUGCAGGAGGGGUUACCAAGUGACAAUGCUAAACCAGGAUGUUUUAGUCAUAAAAUGAUUAACGUAAAUUUGAAAAAAAGCGAUGAGAACCAACAACGAUCAUGAUUCGUUUCCAAUCGACGAAACUUUAAAUUAAGGGUCUGGAAAAAAAAAAGUAGGCCUAUCCAUCCAAAUAAUAGAAGAACUUUCAAUUUCAGGCAUGCAACUUUUCCCUCCGAUCAGCUGAUUUCCUCUUUUUUUUUUUACUUCCCAUGUGUGCCAUUGAAAAUAGAAAAACACUGUACAAAGUCUUGAAAAGAUGUGAAUUUCCUCUUUUUUCGUGACUUUCCAGUUACAUACCUGCAAUUUACGUUGCUUUGAAACUUGAUAAAGCUGUUAUAUACCCCGAUUUACAUUGCAAUAAACAAUCUGAAAUGUUUA